AGUCACAAAGAAAUUUGCAAACUUUAGUUUGAAGAAAAGUACAUAGUAAUCAUGAAAAAUACAUUAGUAACAUAUUUGAAUCUAUAAAAAAGGCAUACUUUUGUGGCUACAAGAAAGUAUAUAUCUCAUUUCUAGCCAGAGCUUUAUGUAUUCUGAACCUUUACUCCAGUAAAGCAGGAUGAUUCUUCUACUUCAUAAUCUCUCACAUUUAAAACAGUAAACUAAAUUUUAAAAAAUCUCUCAAAGUAUUUUUAUGUCUCUUAAUUGUUCUUUUACAAAGAACUGCUCAUACAUGUCAUGCUCUGUAAUUUUUGUAUGGUUCCUCAAGACUUUUUUCAUUUUCUUCAACCCUACACCAUUAUCUCCUGUGUUGCUUUUGUAGUUUUGUGUGUAUUCCAUCACUGCAUGUUUGGGGAGAUAGCAUUGCAGUGCUAUCCAAGUCUGUUAUAUAGUGUUACCCACAGCAAGAAAAUAUCAGUAUUGUUGAUCUAUUUCCUGCAGUUUCUUGUUUGUUUAAAAUUAAAAUUUAUUUUGCUUUAUAAUUAUCACAAGACUUUUUAUUGGCUGAACUGCUUGUCCAACAAAAUGAACAAUCUAAUUAAAGGCUAGCACAUCUUUGUUUUUCAAUACAAAGUGAUGUUGGUGUGAGGAAUUCAUUCUCUUGUAAAGGUCUUGUAGACCAUUGCUGUAAUAAGCUCAUGUGUUUCACAUGUGGUGGUUGAAAUCCUUGCCAUGAUAAGGUUAUAGGCUUUACGAACAGAUUAAUAAAAAAUACCACCACAGAAUCAGACUGGCUCUUACAGAGAUGGACUGUUUACAAUGUCUUGAGCCACAUGUGCCUCUUUCAUAGCCAAUCAUAGGCAUCAGAAAGGAAAGAGAGCAUCUGACUUCCAAUACUAAAGAAGCAGUUGAUAGUGAUUGUACAGUCGAUACGAUUUAGACCUUAUCUGAUCUUUUCAUGGGUUAUGUCUGCUGUUCAGAGUUCAACGUGUUGUGACAAUAAGAAUACAAUAUGGAUAUUAGCAAGAGGGCUGCCCAAAACCGGGUCCGCUGGCGAGCUGUUGUUGCGGCCCUGUCCUGGAGGAGUAACAAGGACUAAAUUAUGGAUAUUAGCUGAAUGAGUGAGUCAAUAAGUUGUGUGCCAUGGCAUUGGACCAGUCUUGCUUGCAAAAGGUGAAUAUUUAAAUCAUGCAUUUAUUUUUUUAUUUUUCUUGAAGAGACCGAGAACCACCGAAGGCAUGUCGUAUGAACAGGCGCCUCAUGUUGAGAAACAAGAGUCCUUGACAUGUGAACACACUGACUGAGUGUCAUAAGGUGUCUCGCGCUGUCAUCAAGCAGUGCGUCACGAUGAACGUGCAGAAAGUCAGACGUGUGACGUAUCGCUCAGCCUACCCGGUAUACCCGCACUCACUGGGGGUGUGCAGGAGCAUGUGUGUGAGAGAUAUCAGACGGUCAACACCACGGAGUUAUAUAUAUACUAAUUAAUAAUGUAACUCCGUGGUCCACUCUACUCUCUGUCUUGGUGUAGUCGCGGUAACGCACUGCCCUCCACCCUCCCCGAGACCCCACCCACGUGUUGAAGAUCGCUGAGUAAUGUUGACUUGCACUCCACAGUCUUGUGCAACAGCCGACUCUUGCCCCUUCUCCUCCAUUUCAUUCCACAGUUGAACUCACAAAAACCUGACCUAAUUUUUCUCAGUUUGUUGGUUUAAAUGAUAGUACAACGUACCUAGCAGACACCGGCUGUCAUCUGCUAUCAACGUAGACACUCAGCCCACACCAUCGCCGGGAGUUGACAGUAUUCCCCAGCUUCAGCUGGCAGGUAGGCAUGGAGCAGUUUUAGACGUGGACACUCGUCACCUGGACUGUCCCAUACUAUGCGGGAGAAAUAUUUGUAAAUCUUGGAAUUGUGAGUGCGGGCAGAAAAAUCUGUAAUGGCGUUUGGUGGAAGGACAUUGGCUGUAGUCAUGGCAACUGUGCUUCUGGCUGUCAUCAUACAAGACUUCGGUCGGUUGAUGGUCAGGCUGGGUGUGUUUUCUCACUUCUACCAGCACCAUCCGGGCUCCUGCAAGCCAGUCCCUGGAAUGCCCCUGGCAUCUGAGGACUUCCACACCUUGUCAGAUGGACUGACAUUCAUCUCCUCGGGAGCGAUGCCACCUGUUGUGUCGGACAACUUCAGACUGUACUUUCGUCAACACAACAUCCGGGGCCGCAUCUUCCUGUACGACCUCAAGCUUCCGGACAAGGAGGUCAAAGAGCUCAAGGUCGUCACGAGUGACACUUUCGAUGAGAGCACCUUCUCUCCCCACGGCAUCAGCGUUUGGGAGGACAACACUUCAGGUCGCCACACAAUAUUUGUCGUCAACCACCCGCUUAGAGAGCUGGCACCCGAUACAGUGGAGAAGUUUGUCUUCCUGCCCGCGACACAGGAGCUGAAGCACCUGGCCACCUUCUCCGCACCGGAAAUGCGCUUGGUGAAUGACGUGCAAGCAACAGGUGACAACAGCUUCUACUUCACCAACUGCCACUACUACGCGACGUCAGCAGGCAUGAUGGCCGAGGUGCUGCUGGACCUGCCGUGGUCAACGGUGGUGCACUACGACGGCACGAGCUACACGGUGGUUGCCGAGGGCAUCAAGUCUGCCAACGGCAUUGCCAUGUCGACUGACCACAAGUACGUGUACGUGGCAGUCAGUGUAGGACAAGAACUCCGAGUUUUCCACAGGAAGACAGACAACUCACUGACUUUACAGCAGGCCAUUCCGCUCCACACGUUGCCAGACAACAUCAUGGUGGAUCCCAAGACUGAAGACCUUUACAUCGGGUGUCACCCUAUCCCACUCAAGAUUCUGAGCUACCUCGAGGCACCCAUCGACAAAAUCGCACCUUCGCAGGUGCUCCACCUGCGGAUGAGCAAGGGCAACAUGACGUCAUCACAGGAGCUGUUGUAUGACGACGGUCACAUGAUCUCCGCCUCGUCGUCUGCAAUCGUUUUUGGUGGCAAGCUGCUCGUCAGCUCCAUCAUCCACACCACCAUCAUUUGUGACGUCAACGUACCCGUGUAGAAAACUUCUGUUAUCUUCGCUUCCUACUCCUUUCUCUCACCCUCGGUCUGGUCGUCGUACUCCUCGAUCAGUUGCGAGAAUUUUCUCUCGGUGAGUCGUAGUCCCUGCUGCUGUGCUGCUGCUGAGUUUCUGUGUGUGUAAUGCAUUCACUGUCAGCUGCCAUGUAUUAUCAGUGUCAUGUCAGCUGUCAUUAUUACACACAGCUCCCUGUCCUGACUGUUCCUAACAACUCAUCAAUUCCUGUGUGGCCGAGCCCGGAGACACAAGGUUAUAGUGAAUUCUUUCGGCAGUUUACGUGCGGGUAGGUCUUGUGCAGCCUCCAUUAGCUCCUUGGCGACAGCUGGGGUUACGGGUGUAAUGCGGGUACGUGUUAGUUCAGGGAGAGGAACGGGGGCCGAAGGGCGGGGACUUCGGAAAAAAAUUAAAUAAACCCGACAAAAAUGUUGCAGAGGUAGUCAGGGGUGGCAAACGUAUUUUUCAGGGUCAACUUCAGUGGGUGAAUAUAGAACAGCUUCAGCAUGAGGUAGUGUGCAGCUGCCGUGACGUCAUCAGCUAGGGGUAGAUAUAUAUUCGGGGUAUAGAGUGGGUGUGCAGAUCAGCUUUACUGUGAGGUAUAUACAUCAGUGGCUGUGUGUAGAGCAACUUUACUGUGAGGUAUAUACAUCAGUGGCUGUGUGUAGAGCAACUUUACUAUGAGGUAUAUACAUCAGUGGGUAUGUACAUCAGUAUAGACAUUAGUAGAGCAAUAUGCUCACUGGGUGUGUGUACAGCCAGGCAGCCAGCCACCGUGACUUGACCUAUUUGACAAGUGCCAUGACAUGUCAGACUUCAUGUUGGUAGUCCGCUCUCUGUAGUAUGUGGUGUAUCUUUCUGACAGUCACUGAAUUUUACAAAUAAAAACACCAUUUAAAGUA